AUGGAUUAUUUAGAACGAUGUGUCACGUGGCGCCAUCUGAACGAAAAAUCAGAAGAUAGUUUUUCAUUAAAGAAUAUUGAAAUUCAAUAUGUACUAAUUAUUUGGUCACAAAUCAGAACUCUAUACGUAUUGAGAAUUCUUCUGUGGACAAAGAAACAAUUGAUGCAGUCUGUGAUUCGCUCUGAGUCAUUGUAUUCUGCGAUCAAAAUGUCAAUGGUGUGUAUCACAAUUCUCAUCUUAUUUUGGUGCCAAAUUCAAAGUCAAGCAAGGAAUAAUUUUGAUCGUUUGCCAAAACCACCGGCGGACUAUAGAUAUUUCGUCGAAGAAUUUGGCAACGUCUAUAAAAUUAUUGGCUCUUGUUCAAAAGUCAAGAACACAUCACCAAAAUCACGAUGUAUCGUGCGAAUUAAUCAUGAAUAUUCAUCAAAAUUAUUGACUUCUGGUGUUUCAGAGAAAAUUAUAGCUUUUCAUGUGGUUGUACCACAAGUGGCAUUCACUUUUAAAUCAUUCAUUGGUUUUUAUUUGACAACGACUGUUUUCAUCAUUCUACCGACGAUGAUAUACAUACGAAAAACCAAUCCACAACAUCUCAAGAAAAUGCUCUUAUUUUUAAUUGUUUAUUGUUCGGUAUGCUCUGGUAUUGUCUACUGCUUCGGACUAUUCGUGUAUCCUUUCUUAUUCCAUUCGUAUUAUCGAUUGAACAUUCUAUUCAAUGAUAUGGAUCAUCUCAAAAAUGAAGUAUUGGAAAUGCAUUGUCAAGUCAAAUCGUCCGCUUUCGUCUUUUCAACAAAUUGGUGGGACGACAUAGUGUGUAGACCAAAACUGGACCAUACAUUACCAAUAUCUGCAUUAACACCAGUCAAUGUUAUUGGAUUUGUUGCUCGUUCUCCCGAGACAUUCGACUUCAUUAUUGAUCCUCACUUUUCAUCAUAUUUACCAUUAAUAACUAUGAAAUCAGCAAAUGGGAAGAGACCUGAACAUUUACUACCAAUGUAUCGAUUUAUGAAUUGUACUGGUACCUUACGACUCAGUGACCAACACAUUCUUUACAUUGAUACUCCAGCAACUUAUGGUUUCAGUGGAGAUCGUCAAUUAGGUAAAGGACAUUCAUCAAGAUCAACUGAAUAUAAAAAAGACAAAUAUGUUGAUGUUGAAUCAUUGGUCACAUUUGAAGAAUUGUGUAAUGAAACACUGAAAUACAAUUUGCUGCCUUGUGUUAUUCCUGAAUUUAAAUCGAUAACACUUGGUGGUGCUAUUCAAGGAAUUGCGAUUGAAAGUUCAUCAUUUAUUUAUGGUUCGAAUGGAACAAUAGCAUUGGUUGCAUCUGCUCGUGUUCAAUUAAUCGAAGCAACACAAUGGAUUCAUUUGAAAUAUAUUUAUUAUUCAAAAACAUCAACAUUCUUAGAAUCAAUUCAGAACACAUUCGAUUUGAGAAGUCAUUCAACAUGGAUUGGUGAUAAUCAAAUUCUUGAUGGAAUUUAUUUUUCUAAUGGAAAUGACAAUUACAAUGGAAUCAUUGCGAUGUCCGGUGGAUGUGUGCGAUCGAUUCCAACGAAAAGUUCAAUUUAUAAAGAAAAUUAUUUUUCAUGA